CUUUGAGGGGCGUUGGGUUUCCUUGAGGACCUCGAAGAAGUUUCAGUCUCAUAUCUGCCCAGGAAAGAUCCAACCAUGUCGGACGCUGUGAUAAGUUUCAUGAAGGACUUUUUGGCCGGUGGCGUGGCCGCUGCCAUCUCCAAAACAGCUGUAGCUCCCAUUGAGAGAGUCAAGUUGUUGCUGCAGGUCCAGCAUGCCAGCAAACAGAUUACCGCAGAUAUGCAGUACAAGGGGAUCAUGGACUGUCUCAGAAGGAUCCCACAGGAACAAGGCUUCAUUUCCUUCUGGAGAGGCAACCUGGCCAACGUCAUCCGUUACUUCCCCACCCAAGCCCUGAACUUCGCCUUCAAAGACAAGUACAAGAAGGUCUUCCUCGGUGGUGUGGAUCAAAAAACACAGUUCUGGCGCUACUUCGCUGGCAAUCUGGCAUCUGGCGGUGCCGCCGGCGCGACUUCGCUCUGCUUCGUCUACCCUCUCGACUUCGCCAGAACAAGACUCGCUGCCGACAUCGGCAAGGGCCCGGCUGGGAGAGAGUUCACCGGUCUUGGAAACUGCCUCAGCAAGGUCUUCAAAAGCGAUGGCUUCAAAGGACUUUACCUCGGAUUCAACGUGUCAGUGCAGGGCAUUAUCAUCUACAGAGCCGCAUACUUCGGAUGCUUUGACACAGCUAAAGGUAUGCUGCCAGAUCCCAAGAACACGCACAUCAUCGUCACCUGGGCGAUCGCCCAGACUGUCACCGCUGCAGCUGGCAUCAUCUCAUACCCCCUCGACACCGUCAGACGUCGUAUGAUGAUGCAGUCUGGACGCAAAGGAGCUGACAUCAUGUACACGGGCACAAUGGACUGCUGGAGGAAGAUCCUGAAGGAUGAGGGAGGAAAAGCCUUCUUCAAGGGAGCCUGGUCCAACGUGAUCAGAGGCAUGGGUGGUGCCUUUGUGUUGGUGCUGUACGAUGAGAUCAAGAAGUACACAUAAGAGACUUCUCCCAGUCCCCAAGGAAACCCUUCACUUUGUUAAGGUCUUAUUUCUUGUAAUCGAGUGACAACAUCUUGUGGUGAAUUACAAUGUAUAGGCAUGUACAGGUAAACUGUUGACCUGGGUUAACAUGCCUCCUCAGAAAUCUGUAUAUAUCCCAUCUACAACGCACAGACUGCCUUUCAGUGUGACAGAAGUCAGUGUUUCAGUUGCUGAGGUCCACGUGUUGUUAUGUUGUGACCCCUCUGACCCAUGAAUUCAACCUCACCUAAUAUUUUAUUAAUAAUAAAGAUGUAUUAGUCUA